UCGUUUGGGCUGAGCGCAUAAUUCACGACAUCAGUCAACGUAAACAAGCCUUGUGAAUUUCGUUUUUGCCGGUUUGAUUUUAAUUCAGGAGAUCUUUUUUCUAAACAUCGGAACAGACUACUACAAAAAUGCCAUCAUAGUAGUGACAUGCCGCCAUGAUUAAAGAUAUACGGUACAUCACCCUGAACUGACCAGUACUAGUGAACAUUGAAGGCCUUAUUGUAACCAGGAAAAAAGAAACACAAGCUCAGCGAGAUGCAUUCAAAUGAGGAUGCAAUCCAUGCGUCGAGGAAAGCUGCUGCAACAGCUCUCACGGAAAGACAUCGUGGAGAGUGGAUGGGGGCAGGUGACCCUGAAAGCGCCUCUGUGUUCCAUCAUAUACGAAGCAGAACAAUAGGACACGCUAAGCAGCGGAAGAAGGUUAUCUGUAACCUGACCACCCGUAGACUUCCCCAUGUGCUCUCGGAGAGAGAGGUACACGUUGGAGAAAUUAAUAAGAUAUUUGCUUCAGAAUGGAUUUCAGAUCACCAAGUUGUCCUUGGAACCAAGUGCAAUAGAUUGAUAGCCUUAGACCUGGAUCUCAAUCACCAAGUCUCCAUUCCGAUGCUGCGUAGUCUUCCAAUGCUGCGUAGUCUCCCGAGCAGAAAACCAGAGACAUUCCCGGUAAACAACAGUGGCAUCCACAGCAUAGCUAUCAAUCCUAGUAAUACCCUGCUAGCAACAGGUGCGGACAACCCAAAUAACAUUGGCAUCUACCGGUUACCCACGUUUGAUCCUGUCUGCGUCGGACAAAAUUGCCAUACCGACUGGAUGUUCUCAGUAGUGUGGUUAGAUGAUCAAUACUUAGUUGCAGGUUCAAGAGAUUCUCAGAUUUCUGUCUGGUCCGUCAGCCAAGACCUGUGUGACCGGGUACAAGACAUCAACGAAACAACCCUAGUGCCAUCUUAUGAAUCCAUCUUCCCAGUCUUGCUACGCUCAAGCGAGAAAAGUGAAAAAGUACGAGCCUUGGAGUACAGCCAGCACACGAAGGAAUUAGCUUCAUUGUCGGCCAAUGGUUUUAUUCACCUUUGGGACUUGAGAGGAUUCCGUAAGCUGCAUUCCAGACGCUUGCCAUACUGUGAGGAGAAUGUGUGUAUCUCGUUGUCAGAAGACCACUCUCUUUAUGCAGUCGGCUCCCAGUCUCACGUAACUUUCCUGGACUCUAGGAAUGGUAGAUGUGUGGCAUCUGUGCAUUCAAAAGAGAGGGGCAGUGGUGUACGGUCAGUAAGCUUCAUGGACGGGGUCCUGACGGUCGGUACAGGUCAAGGGGCUCUCAUGUUCUUUGACCUGAGAGCUGGUCAUUUCAUCGAGAGUGACAUUGAUGGGAAAACAGUGCCUGUGAAGUUAUACACUGGAAAAGGGUAUCUGCAACGAGACUCCCUCUUCCACCAGUUCUUCAGUGAGUCAAGUCAUCCUAAUGCUGUGUACACCCACCGGUAUGACAAGUCUGGGACCAGGCUCUUUGUGGCCGGUGGUCCAUUGCCAUCUGGUCUUUCUGGGAACUAUGUGGGCCUGUGGCAGUAGAGGGCUUAUGUCAUUGUCAACCUGAAACUUUUCAUCAAUAAAGAAGGAAGUAGCAAUGAUUAGCAGAUGGCUUCUGUAGCACCUUACCUGUUUUCGUCGUCAUCCUCUUGAAAGAUAUAUUCUCAGCGUUGGAACAUUGAAAGAUGUGUUUAUCACAAGGCAUUGAAAGGAAAUGAGUAAUAUUCUUCAUGCUCGGAUGUCACAAUCGAUCUUGAUGGCAAGGUUUUUUCUUUUCUUUUCAUUUGAGAUGAUUUAUUUUGUUCUUUAUAGCUUUGGAAUGUUAUGUCACCAUUUUAUGCCUGUUUAUAUGACAUAUAACUGAUUGCAGGUUUAUUAUUUACUGUAUCGUAUGCAAGGACAAAAACAUAAACCACCUUUUUUUAACCAUCUUCUAUGAUCUGGUAUUAUCCAGGAUUGUACAGUAACCUACACUUCUUUGAACUUUUAAACCAGCAUUUGUAGAUAUGCGUAUGUCUGCUGUUAUCCAAGGUACAUUAAUGCAUUUGAGUAUUUUACAAGUGGGGUUGUUUAAUAAUUAGUGACAGUUUGUAUACCACCUCAUCUGAUUUUAUGAUUCUAAUCAUAAUAAAUUAACUUUUUUUAUUGCAUUAUGCGAAAGAAAACUAAUUUAUGGAGUCGUACCAUCACAUUUGUCAAAAUAAUUCAUAAACAACUUACCUGAGAAUAUCUAAAUUCAUCUCAACAUGUUCAACAAUUUAUAGAAGCCUUAACUGUUUGCAUUUAAGGUCAUUCACAAUUUAAGGUCAUUCACAAUUUAAGUUCAGAACUAGUGCUGAAAUUGAAUGAUAUUUGAUCAGAAAACAUCAGAAUUGUUGUGACAAGGAUUGAUGAUUUAAUUUCAGGUGUAUUAAUAAACACCUCUUCACUUGAUUUAAGCCAAGUAUUAAUCAUCAACUUUUUAAUGUUGUUUUGAAGAGGUGGUAUAAUUUUUUGUUGGGGGUAAUUUCUGAGAUUUGUGAUAGUUUUGAGGUUGAUUUUUUCUAUGCCUACUCUUUAAAAAAAAAAACUUAAUUUCUAUCAUAUUUUUUGUUGUUAUUUGUUUGAAUUGUUCUUCAGUUAAUAUUCUCUGAUAUUUAUUGUGUUACAUAUUUCUUGAUAUUAUUACAAAUUUUACAUACAUUUAAAUUCAAUAUUUUAACAUGAUACGUGUUCUUGUAAAACUUUGUUAUUACAUUUACAUAUUUAUACAUACAUGUUUUUGUUAAUCAAAUUCUUUAUUUUCUAUCCUUAUCUUACUUUUCAUCACCUAUUUCAGAAGGAUUUCAUAGAUAUAUAUAUAUAUAUAAACUGUCUACUAUUUAGCUGUAAUCUAUUUAUAGAAUCACUAACUCUUAUUGUAGAGGACAUUGUUGUAGGCAGUUUAUGGCUCAUUCACAAUGCUGGAUAGCUUUGUAAUGAAGAGUAUAGCAACGGCCGCAUCUUCAGUCUCAUCAUCUUGCCUCCGUAUCAUUAACCUUUCUUGGUCAUAUAUGCUAAUGUACAAAGGUGCCUAUUUGUCCCCUCUACAUGCUCAGUGUACUUGUUACCAUUGUUAUUAUGAGAAAAAACACAAUGUUGUACAGUUUAAGUUACACAUUUUGAUCAACGUGAACUGAUGAAUUCAACACAGCAUCAAUCAUGAUGAGCACGUUUGCAUUUAGAUUAUAUGGUUGCUUGGUUUGUAUUGCAAUUUUGUAACAUAUGUCACAACUUUUCAAAUACACAUAUAUGCAUACAAUACAUCAAAAAAAAAUUAUAAUGCUUUCCUCAACAUUCAUGCUGAUCAAGCUAGUUAUAAAUACCACGACUGCCCAAGGUCAUAACAGUACUUGUGCUUAAUACUCUACAAGUGGUAUAUGUACUUAUUACAGACUGUUAAAGGCUCCUCUUUAAUAAUUGGUAGUAUCAUUUCUCUGAUGGCAUUUUCGAUAAAACACUUUAUGUGAGGAAUUGUGGCACUCACUGCAUUAAUAUUAUUUGAGUGAAAACAUAUCUUCUUUUGUGAGUUCUCGUAAAAAAACAUGCACAUGCUACUACAGAACUUUUUAAUCUUGGGCACUCAUUUUGAUCUACCAGUACAUGUAAUGUGUCACAACUCAUAAUGUACAUGGUGGAUGCCGGCAAAAGGUGUAUACAUCAUAUAGUCCUUUCAUGUAGUUUGCACUGGUUCACUAUAUACCCUUGUCCAGUGUCUUCUCUCAAUAUCUUCUUCGGUAGAAUUUGUACAGGAUUUAUCUUUGGAUUUAUUCACUAGUGGUUCUUACCGUUUCAAAUUAACUUUGAGUUGACACUAUACCAAUGCUGCGUACCGUACAUGUGUAAUUGUUGUGUGCUUUAUAUCUAUUUGUGGUUGAAAAGAACAUUACUGAGGUCUAUGUCAAGGAGGACAGAAGUAAAAUUAAUGCAUUAUUAAAAGAAAAUAUGAUUUUUGUGCAAACAGAA